AUAAAACCUUUGUCAACCAGAUCAAUCCAAGAAAAAAGAAAGGGAAAAGAAAUCCCAUAAUAAUGGUUACAACUACAACUAUUUUUCAUUCCAUAUGCACAGCACACUAUGAAUCAAAACCCAAACCCACGCGCGAUUUAAGUACAUGCGCUAAAGAACACCAUAAAAUACUACACCUGGCGAGCGUUGAUGGCGAGUUUGUAUAACUUGUUUUUCAAGCGCGUGAAUAUUUAUUGAAACCUCGUAGCGCUCGAAACGGCCCAAAGCUCAAAACCCAGGCCCAGCCCAAGUACAACCCAAGCCUCACACCGCAUCUAAUCCGUCGGCAGCAAUCUUCUAGUGUGGAGAAUUGGACGGCUGAGAUCUGUAGACCCUACCACUUUGAAUUCAAAAACAGCACCAAGUUACUAACGUCACAAUUUCGUAGCCUCAGCUUCGGCUCCGAACCUAAAGCUACACAAUCAAAUCAUAUAAAAAAAAAUAAAAAAUUGCCAAAACCAAUAAAAAACAUAUCUAACUUGAUUGUUUUGUAUCAACUGAAAAAGAAUCGACUCAUAUAGCAAGUACAUCAACACUUUGAGAUUCACACAAUCUCUCUCUCUCUCUCCUCUAAAACCAGUAAAGAUUUGCAGGAAAGAGAAGUGUGUUCUUGAAUAAUGUUUCCCUCUCUAAAUCUAUACCAUAUAUAUGUGUGUAAUGUGUAUAAAUUAAUGCAUUGACGUGUUUGUAUAUGUUAGGGUUUCUAAUAAUUCAAGAACAUAACUUGAAGCGGGAGGCAUUAAUGGAGGAUACAAUAAGAAGCGGGAGGCAUGACUUGAAUUUGGCUUCAAGAAAAGCCGAAGAAGUAGCUUGGAGGCGUUUCGAAGCAACGCAGUGGCUAGAUAGCUUAGUUGGACCACUAGGCAUAUCAACUCAACCAUCAGAGAGAGAGUUCAUUUCUUGCUUGGGAAAUGGUUUGGUCCUCUGCAAUGCCAUUAACAAGAUCCAACCAGGAUCAAUCCCAAAGGUCGUGGAGAGUAACGCACCCUCACAAUUCCUGACAUGGGAUUCUCAACCAUUGCCCGCUUAUCAGUACUUUGAAAAUGUUCGAAACUUUUUGGUAGCAGUUGAAGAAUUGAAGCUACCUACAUUUGAAGCAUCUGAUCUUGAAAGAGAUAACUUGGAAGUUGGGUCAUCGGCGAAGGUGGUUGAUUGUAUUCUAGCUCUGAGAGGAUACCAUGACUGGAAGCAAUUGAGUGGAGGAAAUGGAUUCUUUAAGCCCCCGAGAUCUCCUUUGGUUAUGCAUUCUGCAAAUAGGGUUCACUCACGAGCUUCGGAAGCAAUCUUCUCAGACACUUGCCAACAAUUAGACAUGUCCAAAGCCUGUGACGACAUUCCACUCACCGAGAGUGGAGUUCAAAAACUUGAAGAUUUGAUUGCCAAGGCCAUUGUUGAAUGUAUGAUUGACAGAAAGGAAAACAUAGAUAAUAAUCUUAUUGCUUCCUUUCGUAGUGGCAAUCUGGAUCCGGGCAAGUUAUUCGGCAACAUCAUGUCUACUUGUUUGGAGGAACAACUCCAAAACAAGUUCCCUGAGUUGAAAUCGAUCUUCAAAGAUCUCCUUGGAGGAGGUAGCUCACUUGCGCAUCCAAUAUCACCACCACCUCUAGAGCCUCUGGAGAAUUUAUCUAUUAGAAAUCCGAAGUGUUGCAGAGCUUGCUUGAAAAAUUGCUUGAAAAAGGGUAGCUGCAACCACUGGUAUCUAUUUCAAGUGCAAGAAAAAGAACUAUCAAAUCUCAAGGAAUUGCUGUCCAGAACAAAAAGGGAAUUCAAAGACUUACAAUCUCAAUUGCAAAGCGAUUUGAAACAUUUGGGGAGUCAGGUACAGGAGAUGUCUACUGCUGCUCUUGGGUAUCACAAGGUUGUGAAAGAGAACAGGAACCUAUACAACACGGUUCAAGAUUUAAAAGGGAAUAUUCGAGUUUAUUGCAGAAUUAGACCUGCCUUCAGUGCCAAAGCAAGAAAUGUAGAUUUUAUUGGAGAAGAUAGGUCAUUAGUGGUUCUUGACCCAUUGAAACCCCAAAAAGAUGGGAGGAAAGUUUUUCAAUUCAAUCACGUGUUUAGACAAACUGCUACUCAAGAUGAGAUAUUUAAGGACACUCAACCAGUAAUUAGGUCUGUAAUGGAUGGAUACAAUGUAUGCAUUUUUGCUUAUGGUCAAACUGGAUCUGGAAAAACACAUACUAUGUGUGGAUCAACUAGGGACCAGGGAAUCAAUUAUCUAGCUCUCAAUGAUCUCUUUCGGCUGUCUAAUAGAAGGAAGAACAUCAUGAAAUAUGUUAUUCAUGUCCAAAUGGUUGAGAUAUAUAACGAGCAAGUACGAGAUCUUCUUGCCGAAGAUUCUAAAAACACAAAAUUAGAAAUUCGAAGCUGUACUAGUGAAAAUGGCUUGAGUAUUCCUGAUGCUUCCAUGCAUUAUGUGGAAUCCACCAAUGAUGUUCUUAGCCUGAUGAAACGAGGUGAUCUCAAUCGUGUUGUCAGUUCCACUGCCAUCAACAACCAAAGUAGUCGUUCCCACAGUGUCUUGACAGUACAUGUGCACGGUAAAGAUGUAUCUGGAAGUAUUCUUCGCAGUUGCCUCCAUUUGGUGGACCUUGCAGGAAGUGCACGGGUUGAAAAGUCAGAAGUUAACGGUGAUGGCCUCAAGGAGGCACAAUACAUAAAUAAAUCUCUUUCUUGUUUGGGAGAUGUGAUCUCGGCCUUGGCUCAGAAGAGUUCUCACAUUCUGUACCGAAACAGCAAGCUUACGCUACUCUUGCAGAACGCAUUAGGAGGACACGCAAAAACAUUGAUGUUCGCUCAUGUGAGUCCUACAGCAGAUUCUUUAGGGGAGACAAUCAGUACUUUGAAGUUUGCUCAGAGGGUCUUGACAGUUGAACUUGGUGUAUCUCAUAUGAACAAAGGGAGCAGUGAGGUUAUGGAACUCAAGCAACAAAUUGAAAGCCUCAAGAAGGCAUUGGCUAACAAUGAAGCAGAGACUGUUCGACCUACUAAACCAAAGGAGCCAAGAUCACCACUUGAGAAACCACCGCAUGCAAUGACUGAACGUACUUCUCCACGCUCCCAAAGGUUGAGCAUUGAAAAUCUCGAUGCUAAGAAUUGCAGGAAUCAACAAAAAAAAGUUGAAGCAUCCCCAGUAAAUGGCAUGCGCUAGAUUCAUGAUGCAAGGUCACCAGUUUCGUCUAAUGCAUUCCCACUGACAGGUGUCGUUCAAACAUCAGACAGGAGAUCUUCUCUUGGAUGUAAAUCAACGAACUCUUGUAAGUUAAACUAGCAGAACCCUCAUUUGCAGACCUUUUUGCUUUGUGGUCUACAACGGGGUAUAUGAUGAUUCCAUAUUAUCAAUUGCUUAUAUUUGUGUGAAGGUACAAAUGAAACUAGAAAUUCGAAGACACCGCCUCCAGUCCACAUAUCAGCCAAGGCAACGAAUCA